GUGAUUAUCCACCAAUACAGCCCACAGGUCCUCUGAGAAAAAGCUCCAGAAGAGACAUUCACCAAGGUUGUCUCCAGAGGAAGAAUCAUUUCCUCAAGCUCUGCAGGGGACCCAGAGACAUUCUGCAACUCUGGAACCACUGGAGACUUAAGGCCAGAGCAAGGCACCGAUCAGAGGACUCAGACAAGGUAAGCCUUACCAAGUCAACAGAAAAGACACUUUACCUUGUAUAGGCAGACUUUGACUGCAUUACCAAUGGAAAAUUCCAGGGCCGAUCCCUCACACACAAGUGUAAAGAUUGGAGACUACCAGAAGAUAGUUGAGAAAGCCUUGACUUUGCUGAUUGCAUGUGUGAUUUCGGGCAUAAGCGUCUACCAAUUUUCAGUUGCAAUCUUCAUAUAUUUCCUCUUAGAAGAACUGAAAAAUAGACAUCUACAACUAGAAAUUCUCUCAAAAAAGGUUGCAAAGCUAGCUGGGCAACAACAAGAAAUAGGUGUGCUAGGGGCAAAAGUAGCCAUGAUAUUACAAAGGCUUGAAAGACCAACGGCAGAGGAAGCAAGAGAACAGGAAGUGCUUAAUUGUGAACCUGUGGUGCCUGAUAAAAUCGAGGCUGAAGACAGACAGCCCAUUGAACAUACAGCACCCCCUCUUACGGACCUUACUGAGGCAGGUUCACCAUCUGCACUAUCUUUCCCAGCGGCCCGGGAACAGAGGCCUGAAAAUGGUUUGCAAGAGCAAACAGGAAUUUCAGGUCCGAAUAAUAGGAAGCCGGACUGUGCGGAGCCUCCUCGCUCUUGCAGCUCUCCUCACCUCAAGCCAAAGGCUCCCCAAACGGACCCAGCGCUGCUGCCCCAGCACUUAACUUCACAUACUGAUGCAAGAUUGGCUCGACCCUGCGAUCAAAUCUAUUCCUCCAUUACCCGGGAUCAAAGAUUUCAAGAUAUUCUGAAAAUACCAUACCAGCUGGACUUAAGAAAUGAACCAGCCAGAGAAGAUCUGAAGCAUAUCGUUAUAGAUGGCAGUAAUGUUGCAAUGGCCCAUGGUCUGAACAAGUUCUUUAGUUGCCGUGGCAUUGCCGUUGCAGUUGAAUAUUUUUGGAAGCUCGGCCACAGAAACAUCACUGUGUUUGUCCCACACUGGAGAACCGGUCGGCAUCCUGAUGCCACAGAGCAGCACUUCUUAAGCCAGCUCCGGGAGCUUGGGCUAUUAGCUUUCACUCCUUCCCGGACGAACCUUGGGCAGAGAAUUGCUUCUCAUGACGACAGGUUCCUGCUCCACUUAGCAGAAAAGACUGGUGGCAUCAUUGUAACCAAUGACAACUUGAGAGAGUUUGUGACCGAGUCCGUGUCCUGGAGAGAAAUUAUCGCAAGAAGGCUGCUUCAGUACACUUUUGUGGGGGACAUAUUUAUGGUUCCUGACGACCCUCUGGGAAGACAUGGACCUCGGCUCGGAGAAUUUCUUCGAAGGGAGGCCUUUCUUCUACACACGCCUCCAAAACUCGAUGCCCAGUCAGAUGUGCGCACAUUUGGCCACGCCAUCCAGAGCCACAAUAGCCAGGGAGCCCAAGCAAGCCCUGGUGCUCCACCCAGGACCAGGCUUCUGCAGAGAAAAGCGCUCUGAGGGUGGCCUUUGUGAAUGGCCUUCCCGGACGCUGAGCAAAACCUGAUGUUCGACCAGAUUCUGGCGGCUCAUCCCUACUUGAGAGUCCCGAGUGCCCUCUCCGUCCUGGUGAUUUGCUGCAAGCUGUCCUGAGUGCCCAGGGACAAUGGGAGCCCUGGGUGGGAGGUUGGAACUGCCAACUGCGGGAAGUGCCAUAAUGUGAAGGAACCCAGUGUAAUGUUCAUUGGGAUAGAAAACAAAAGGGAAGGGGAUAUGUGCUGUAUACAACAUGAGAUGCUCGCUCCACAGCAAGGGGAAAUGAGUACUCCCCGAAAGACACUGAAGAAUGCUGCCUCACGGAAGUAGAACCUUAAGGGUUCUCGGAACGUCCUUUGGCUGGGCUCAGUGGAACAGAGAGGUGAAGGAAAGGUACAGCUGAAGCAAACAUGGGAGGGAGAAUGUUCAGGGAAAGCCAGCAACAAAAGAGACGAGUGAUGUUGAUGAAAGAAUCCAGGCAAACGAAAUGCAUGGACUCAUCUGUCUUCCUUGCAUUGCUUGGUUGAGCUACCUUUUCCUGAACUCCACGGAGAACGGUCCAACAA